AUGAAGAUCAGCCUUCUCUUCUUUGCCUUUCUUGCUCCUGCCCUGGGCCUUCCUCCGAUUGGCAAAGAUGACUGGUUUCUACUGGCAAGCCACGCCGGUGAGGGCGAAAUCCAGGAAGAUUGUAACAUGAACUUUGAAGAGUUCUUUUGCGCCACGACACAAGAUGGUGCUAGCGACUCCGGAACCCAUGUUGUGAUUCAAGAGUGUACUUUUGACGAUGUGGGUGGCUGGAGAAUUGAGAAGGCCAGAGGUCAGAGUGGGUUCCUUCUGAAACUUGGGAGCACGUACGAGGAACCGCUGUGUAUGCAAGCAGGAGACGGAGAUCGCCAAGCGAGGGUCCGAGUCCGUCCUUGUGAUAGUGAUCAUCCUUUGCAGCGUUGGGUGUGGGAUGACUACACUUCUUCCUGCGGGGACGACAGAGGAGCUAAAAUCAAACUCGAGAGCAACACAGAUCUUUGUUUGACUUGGUUUGGCGCGAGUGGUGUGGAUGAAGGCGAGGUUCGUCGCGUGAUUAUUAAACCUUGCGGAGAGUUGCACAGAGAGCGCGCCAAGGGCUGGUGGGCUGCUUGA